UAUAUAAUAGUGUGUGUUGUUUCUAUUUAUAAUGUGUUGUUAAUUUUGUAUUUAUGUAAAUGGAUUAAUUAGGAAAGGUGUGGAAAUGAAGAAAUAUCAAGAAAUGUGGUGAAAAGAUUCUCAUUUUUGCUGUGGAUAAGAUAUUUAAUACCAAAUAAGUUGAUAUAAAGUUAUGACUCAGUUCAGUAUGACAGAGAAAAUACCUGGUUGGGACUUUGGGCUUACGUCACCCACUCACAGGAAGCAAGAAAACGAGCAGCGGUGUACAGGAUGUUGUUUUUGUUGGAAUAGAAAAGUACUUUACAAAAAUUCAAAAUUUUACCAACUAUCUACUUGUUUAUAUGUGUUGACUUUAUUUUUAUCAUCUGUUAAUUGUCAAAAUGUUAAUCAGAAUAUACGUCCAUUCCCACCAUUGUUUAACGCAGCUCAAUAUCGGCCAGUUUUAACCGAACCGUCCCAAGGCACGUGCGGUGUUCAAGAACGGUCCGCCUAUUGUAAAAGUUCAAUCUUUCCGAUCUCAAAGGAUGUAUGUAACCAAGAUUUUUGUGUCCAGCAAUGUUCAACGAGGACAGAAAAACCAAGUUUUUAUAAUUUACUUGUGCAAACAACGGGUUUUAGUAAUUGUGUGUUUCUCGAUACGAUCAAUGUCCGUCCAGGAAGUGAGUUAUUUUCAGCUUCUACGUCGUUCAUCAGCAGCGGCCCAACAUGUUUCGUGACACCGUCAGUUCUCCCUGACCUAACAACAACUACAGAGUUUACUAUAUCAGUAUGGAUCUGGCAGAAAAAAGACAACUUUGGUACUUUGAUACAAAAGGUAUCUAGAACUACAGGGGAGAUAAUAUUUGAGUUGAAUGCCUGGGAGUCACACCUCAACUUUGUAUAUAAGAGUGAUAUAGGACUGUUAACAGUGACUUUCCCUGACAAGAUUCCACCAGAGACAUGGACAUAUAUAGCUAUCCAGGUGUAUGACAAAAGUUUGAGCUUCUUCAUCAACGGUGUAGGGCCAGGCUUCUCAGCAGCGCACACAGUAACUCUGGUCAGUCGGGUCCAAGAUGAUUUGGAUGCAUGGAUUAGAGUGGGGCUUACACUUAGUGGCACUUACCAGUUUCUCGGACGUUUACAAGAUUUCCGAUUCUAUCCUGCAACAUUAACUAAUCGUGAGAUAGAGCAGGAUUUCUCUGGAGUAUUUCCAACAUUACGUAUACAAACACAAUGUAGAUGUCCAGCCUCUCAUCCUAGAGUCAAACCACUCCAGGUGUUUUAUGUAGUCCUGUUAUUCUACAGUCCAUUACCUAAGGCAGUUGAGGUGCAACGCAAGACUGAAGAUUCCAGUGAACAAUGGGAGACCUGGCAACAGUUUGCCAGUAGUUGUCAGGACUAUUUUAAUGCUGUCGACAAUGGACCACUACCAACAGCUACAUCAACAAACUGUCUGAAAAUUAUUCAAGAUGAACCAGAGUAUUCAAAAGGAAAUAUAACAUUUAACAUACUGGAUCCUGAGCCAGUACCUCGACCUGGUUACAAUGAUUUCUACAACACACCGGAAUUAUUCGGUUUUGUAAAGGCCAAUAAGGUUCGGGUUCGCCUACAAGAUCACUUCUUUGUAACAAAUGAAAGACACAGAUACUAUGGACUAUAUGAAUACAGUGUCAUUGCAAGGUGUGAAUGCCAUGGUCAUGCAGCAACCUGUAACCAUGCCAACCUACCAUAUGAAUGUGACUGCUUACCUGAGAGUCAUACACAGGGGAGACAGUGUGAGACAUGUCAACCAUUGUAUAACGACAAGCCAUUUCACCGUGGCAACCAGCUGGAUCCCUACAACUGCCGUCCCUGCGAGUGUUAUAACCAUGCAAUGGAAUGUGUGUACAAUGAAACACUAGACCUUUUCCCUAAUGAUCACUAUUCUGGUGGUGGGGGUGUGUGUAUAAACUGUCAACAUAAUACGGAGGGUCGCCACUGUGACACGUGUAUUACUGGGUACUACCGACCGACAGGACAGAGCAUGUAUGCAGAAGAUGUUUGUAGUCUAUGUGAGUGUUACUCGGCAGGAGUGAAUGAGUCACUGAUGGAUUGUGCAAAGGAAGGUGGACAAUGCGUUUGUAAGGAAAACGUGGAAGGAAGACAGUGUGAUGUUUGUAAGGAAGGCUUCUAUAACCUCACGGCUGAUGAUCCGCUCGGAUGUCAGGAAUGUGGAUGUAGCUCGGCUGGUACUCCGUAUAGAGAUAUCUCGUGCUCCUCAGAUACUGGACAAUGUAAUUGUAAAGCUAAUGUUAGAGGUUUAAAGUGCGAUUCUUGUCAAUAUGGAUUUUUCCGUCUAAAAACGGACAAUCCUAAUGGGUGCGAGCCCUGUAACUGCAAUCCAUUCGGUUCGACCAAUCAGUAUUGUGACCCAGAUUCUGGACAAUGCUCGUGUAAAUUAAACAUCACAUCGAGACAGUGUUCUGUGUGUGAGGACGGGUAUUGGGCAUUUGAAAGUGGUUGCAUGCCCUGUGGGUGUGACCCCAUUGGCACCAUACCUUCUGGAACCUGCGAUAAAAUAACCGGCCAGUGUGAGUGUAAAGCGAAUGUUCAAGGCCUGAAGUGUGACGAGUGUAAGGAUGAGACAUUUGGGUUUGGACUUUCAUCUGACGCAGGCUGCGUGCUUUGCACUUGUAAUCCUGCCGGAACCUUGAAUGGAUCUAUGCUUUGUGAUAAGGACACAGGAGACUGUGUAUGUAAGACUAAUGUACAGGGAGCUAGUUGUAACCAGUGUAAGGGUAACACAUGGGGUCUCAGUCUGCUAUAUGACACAGGUUGUAUACCAUGUGAGUGUGACCCUACAGGUACGCAGCUAGGAGAUGUUAACUCAAUGGAGGACCUGGCUUGUAAUCAGAACACAGGGGCAUGUACUUGUCUCGCUAACAGGAUUGGAAGACAGUGUGAUGACUGCUUGUCUGGAUAUUUUAUAAGUAAUGAAGCAGGCGGUGGAUGCUUGAACUGUGUGUGUCAUCAAAAAGGUACCUUGCCUCUCACAGAGUGUGACUCCCAGACAGGUCAGUGUGAGUGCCGAGGGGGAGGCUCUGGGGUCACAGGAAUGUCGUGCAAUGAGUGCUUAGAAGGCUACUUUGGUUUUGAUGGAAGCUCCGGAGAGUGUAAUGAUUGCGACUGUAAUAUGGCAGGCAGUGUAAAUGGUACAUGUGACCCUUUUGACGGCCAGUGUUAUUGUAAAGAGUUCACAUUUAAGAGAAGAUGUGACAAAUGUGUUUCCGGCUCCAGUUUUCUUGAUGAGAACAACCCAUUUGGAUGCAGUAAAGCACCUGAUCAACAGCCUCCACCCUCGUAUGAGGCCAUCAACUCGACAGCGGUCAGACUGAACUGGAAAGGUCCUGAUUACCCUAAUGGUUUAAUCACACAGUAUUUGCUGUUCAGAAAUGGAACACUGGUUUAUACACUGAAAGGAGAUGAGAGGACAGUUGUAGAUGGUGGCCUGCAUCCGUACACCAUGUACUCAUAUAUAAUCCAAGCUGACAAUGAUUUCGGGAGUGUGCGAAGUGCUCCAAACUCGUACCGAACACCAGCGGGUGCACCAUAUGGUGUGGUGAUUCUAAAUGUCACAAACAUACAUGCCAAGAGUGCUAAAUUCUUCUGGAAUACCCCACAGAUCAUGAAUGGACCGCUAUGGAAAUACGUAUUGUAUUCUGAAACAGAACAAAACUCAACUAGAAUUGACCAAUGGGAGGGUCAGGAAGUAGAGGUCUCUUUGACCACUCUAACACCAUUUACAGUGUACAUAUUCCAUGUUGACACCUGUACAACUGGUGGAUGUCUGACAAGUGAGCCGGUCACAUUUCCAACUAUGUCCGCAGUACCAGAGGGCAUGUUUCCACCUCUUGUCAUGGCAGUGAACAAUACAGCUCUCAAAAUCAGCUGGGAACCACCAGAAUAUCCUAAUGGUAUCAUAAUAUUUUAUGAAGUGUGGAUGAGAGGUGAUGUUGGCCCAGAUGGAGUAAGGUUUCCUCCAGAGACGCUAAUCUUCCACCCCAGUGGUCAGUACAAUCCCCGCCCAACUCAGAACCCUCAGGAGAAUGCCCUUCCCCCUCCAGCUACAGAGUACAUUCUAACUGGACUUGUACCUUUCACCAUGUAUGAAUUUCAGAUUUUGGCACAGAAUAGUGCUGGUAAAGCUGCUAGUGCUUGGGUAUCAGGCAGGACAGGGGCAACAACUCCGCUAUUUACUCCAGCACCAACAAUUACAGGGUUUAGUCCCUUUUCUUUAAAUAUUUCAUGGGAGGCACCUACAGAUGAUCAGUCAAGGGGGAUAAUCAUGGAAUACAGUGUUUAUUACUAUAUGGAGACAGAUCUUUCAGUAACUCCCCAUGCCCCGCCUUUCACAUGGUCACAUGUUGUAACACAGAGUCCAGAUAAGAUGUACUAUAUCCUAGGAGGUUUGAGCCCCUACACAGAACAUACAAUAAUGGUUGAAGCUUGUAAUUCUGUGGGAUGUGUAAACAGUACAGAAAGCACAGGAAUGACCAACCAAGACAUACCUGAAGGUAUAGAGAAACCGUUGGUAGAUGGUUUAAACUCCUCAGCCAUGGCGAUUGUAUGGGCACCACCUGCUUUUCCAAAUGGUCCUGAACCUAUAUAUACCAUACAGAAAACCAUACCAGCCCUGAGUUACCCACCUCAGGUUAUUAGUGGAACGAGGUUUCCAGGUGGAGGUUAUUACCUGUUCCCUCCAGACACCAUCCCUCCUAAUGUUGAUUUCACGGGUAUAAAAUUUUGGUUCAGAACACGGCAAAAGGAAGGACUGUUGCUUUUUGCAGCCUCAGAGGGCCAACAAAAUGAGUUUGUUGCCCUCCAGUUCAAACAUGGAAGACCAUGGUUCCUCUUUGAUCCUCAAGGGUGUGCCUCAUUCGUGACAACAAACAAUGACGAGGGCUUGUUAUACAGUGAUAACAUCUGGCAUCAACUUGUAGCAUGGAGAGACGAGAAUGUAGCAUAUAUAGCCAUCGAUGAAACCUGGACAGGUUCUCGGACAAGCAGAUGUGCCAAAGGCACAAUCAUAGGUCCAAAUACUGGAGUGUACAUUGGAGGGCUGCCUGCAGAUUUUGAAAUACGACGGACAAACAGAGAUCAAAGACUCAAGAUAAUUGAGCAGAGUUUCCAGGGAUGUAUUAGAGAUAUACAGAUCAUGCAGCAGAAGUAUCCAAUGGAGAUUUGGAAGACUUUGGACUGGAACAAUGCUAUACAUAAUGAGCUUGCUUUCCUCAACUGGGAAGGUUGCCCUAUCAACUUAGAUAAAGGAAUUCAUUUCAUGGGCCAAGGCUAUGCCAGACUUCCUGCCAACAAUAAACUACAGUUAAAUGACGAGAAGAGGAUAAUGUUUGGAUUUAGAACCCAGAUGCAUACUGGGAUUAUUUUCUUCUCAUAUGGUGGAAUUGGAAUUUACUACUUCUGUGCAAUAAUCAAUGGAGCAGUCCAUUUUGAGUUUGCAAACAGACUUCUUGCAGGGUCAGUCACAUUCAGUAGACAGGGGGUGAAUUUCUGUGACAGCCGAUGGUACAUAAUCACGUUGGAGAAACGUGGGCAACAGGCUGUUAUUACUGUGGAAGGUAUCGGGACAGAGUCUUCUGGAGAUCCAAACGUGGAGCUGACGGUGUUGACCUCGUCUGAGUUUUAUGUGGGAGGCGUACCAGUUGACUCGGAAGCACAUCACUAUAUUGUGAAUAAUAAACUUGCUUUACCUGUAGCAGCAUUUGGGGGCUGUAUUAAAGACCUAACAUUCGAUAAUUUUGGACCAAAGACUGAUGACGACUAUACACCAAAUUUUCUCUCUGAGAUUAUCGAGGUCGCCAAUGUCAACAUGGAUGGUUGCACGCCAUAUCACAUGCAUGCUGACCAAUGUAAAGAUGAUCUUAUCACAGAUGUGUACAAUGGUACAGACCUAGAGGCUUAUGAUGUUGGCCUGCAUUCGUACACUGAUUAUUUAUACAGAGUACUGGCGACUAAUGAGGCAGGCUCAGGAAAAAGCAAUUGGGGAUAUGGCCGAACAAAAGAGGGAUCACCUGUCGGCGUGACUGCACCAUAUGAGGUGUAUCACUAUAGUGGUUAUCUGGUCAAGUUUAAGUGGCUAGCACCAGUGAGUACAUCAGGUUUGAUGACCAGGUUUGUCCUCCAGGCCUUCAACUUAAACAACGAGACCAUACCCCCUGUAGAAGCAGUAUUCACGAAUACUUCAAAGAGAGAAGGGAAUAUGACAGGGACUAUUCCAUUUACAAGUUACAGUGUCAAGAUGGUGGCUUGUACAUCAGGGGGAUGUUCUGUUAGUCCAGAUGGUUUGCCGAUUACAACAAAUGAGGAAGUGCCAGAGCGUGUCCCUGCCCCGAGUGGUAAGUCGGGGACCAGACACAUUUACGUGACCUGGGACCCUCCUGCAGCCCCUAAUGGUCUCCUGACUGGAUAUUUCCUGUAUAUGGAUGGAAAAUUGGUCUACACAGGGGCUUCCACUGCUUUCAAUGUUACUGAUGAACUAAGGGAGUACACCUCAUAUGUGUUCUAUCUAAAGGCUUGUACCAAGGUCGGGUGUACCCAGGGACCAUCGGCUACUCUAAGCACUGCUCAGCUAAGACCUAAAUUUGUAGGUGCUCCAAUAUUGACUGCAUUAGGUAGGUCAAGCGUUGAGGCACGUUGGGAGACACCAGAUCAGUUGAACGGUGUACUAGAACGUUACCUGUUGUACAAGUCUACCGUAGAAGGCGAGCUUGGAACUGUUAUAUACAACAAUACAGAUUUAUUCCUCGACUAUGUGAUACCCGACCUGACUGCUGGCAGUACUUACUAUAUCACACUCUCGGCAUGUACUGGUGGAGGGUGUACACUGAGUGAAGCGUCAGUUAUAACAACUGCUGAAAGUUCCCCGUCCUUGAUGCAGCCUCCUACAGUUACCUCCCCUAGUCCAUCACAGCUUCAUGUAGAGUGGGAUGAACCAGGCUUACCAAAUGGGCAGAUAACUCAGUACCAGCUGUUUCACAAUGAGAUACCAAAGUACGUGGGACUAAACAUGUUUUACGAUGUGGGAGGUCUUGCCCCCUAUAGUAAACAUGUGUUCAGAGUGGUAGCAUGCACCAAGGCUGGGUGUAGCUCAAGCAAACAGACCAAGGCUUACACUCAAGAGUCCAAGCCAGAAGGUUUCGUUACCAUGGAUUUGAGAGUAGAUGAUGCCAGGACGGUCAGCGUGAAGUGGACAGUGCCGGAGAAACCUCAUGGAAACAUGUUCUUUGAUGUUUACUUUGACGGAUUGUUUUAUACAGAUAUUGGGGAAUGCUUUAAAAAACAUGGGGUUCCAAAACUUGGGAAUGUCAUGACUGCUGAUAUGCCACCAGGCUCUCCAGAUGGAGUUAAGUCCCCUGAUCUUCUCUCACAGACACCUACUACAAUUACAGCAACAUGGAGCACUGUGGGAAGGGAGAAUUCCCUAGAUACUGCCAAAUAUGUCCUACAGUUCAGGGAGAAAAUUGAAGGAGCUCUAGUUGAAGACAUAUUUGGACCUACAACUUCAUUUACGUAUACCAAAGAAAAUCUUAUUGCCUACAAAGAGUAUGAGUUUCGACUGGUUGCAGAAAAUUCUAAUGGAUUAACAAGAUCAGACUGGGUCACUGCCACAACUAGACAAGAUCGUCCAGUUGGAUUCAGUCCAGCAAGAAUUGUAGGUAUUGGACCACGAUACAUAGAUUUGGUAUGGUCCCCACCUCUUACAGCUAAUGGUAUUAUUUCUGAGUACAAGGUUUAUCAGAAUGGUGAAUACAGGGCAUCAACGGCAGGAAAUGUUACACUGUUACGAGCUGACAAACUAAGACCAUAUACCUUCUAUGCAUUUGUAGUGGAGGUGUGUACAGCAGGGGGUUGUACUAGAAGUUCACAAACAACUCCAGAGAGGACCAAGGAGGACUAUCCUGAGAAUGUUGGAGCACCAAAUGCAGUAUCCUUAACACCAGCUUCAGUUGAACUAACCUGGGAACCACCUGGUGAUCCCAAUGGAGUGAUCUCCCUUUAUACUAUAGAGCGCCGCCUGGUGGGCAAAGUAGUUACUACAGUUGUAGUGUCAUUGAGUGCAGAUUCUGAAUUGAAGUAUGUAGAUGAUGAUAGUAGUCUGACUCCUUACGUGGAGUAUGAAUAUAGGCUGACCGUCAGCAAUUGGGGCGGAGGUUGUACUCAGAGCUAUCCCUUGAAGGUUCGAACUCAUGCCACAGUACCAGAGGGCCAGCUUCCUCCAGAAGUGACUCCGGUUUCUCAGACUAUGAUCUCUAUAACCUGGCAGGGACCAUUGUUACCAAAUGGACCUAACAUUAGAUACGAGCUGUCGAGACUUCUCCUCAGGGUGCCGCUUGAUUCUUCUGUUGAUGCCAGUGAUGAAGUAUGGACAAGAAUUUUCUCCGGGACUGGAACAUUUUACGAGGACCGAGGCCUUCCCAUGCAUUCAACAUAUCAAUACAGAGUUACAGUCUUUAAUGACAUAGGACAGUUAACCAGUAACCCUUCAGCAGAGGUCACAACCUUUGGAGGUCUCCCAAGGAGGGCAGCUAAAGUAACAGCCAUGGCCAUAAGCCAUAUAAUUGUGGGGGUGUCGUGGGAGACUCCAGAUGAGGUAGAUCUCCAGGGUAGUGUUAAGUUAUUCACAGUUAAACUGUACAGCAGCUUGAAAAACUACACCCAGGAGUUUGGCCCAGAGGUGAACUCUACUUCCUUUAGGGACUUGAACCCAAACACCCGAUAUUAUACGACUGUUACCAUAACAAUACAUGGAGGAGCAUAUAUCACCAGUGAUCCUGUGUAUGUCACAACACUAGAUGGAGCCCCUGAGGGUGUUGACACCCCAACACUGAGUAUUGUAAGUGAGACUGCUAUACGGGUAUCAUGGAUGGCCCCUCAGACCCCUAAUGGUGACAUCACUGGGUACAAUAUCUACGUCAACAAAGAGAAAACAGAAACGGGGCUCGUACUGCCAGGAUCAUAUAUUAUUACUGGACUACAGCCUUACACUGUCUAUGAAAUUCAGUUAGAGGUUUGUACAGUGUUUGACUGUGUGAAGAGUGAUACAGUUCUUGGCUCCACGUUAGAGGCCCUGCCUCGGGGUCUUGCUGCACCAAGAGUGCUCCCACUAAGUCCAUAUCAGAUUGAUAUUGUAUGGAAAGCUCCACAACAGUCUAAUGGUAUUAUACAGAGAUAUGACCUCUACAGGAGGACUAUCAAACAAUGUUCUGAAAUUCCUGUAGUGACAGUAAGUCCAGAAUUGAUGAAAUGUACCUAUAUACAAUGUGGUGUCUUACAAAAUCUGUGUGGCUCUACAUGCUACUCUGGAGCCAAAGUUUGUUGUGAUGGUGUUCUGCAUGAAAGUCAGGAGAAUUUUGCAUGUUGUGGUAAAGAUUAUGUUGAAAUGUCCGACAAGAGUGACGUCUGCUGCGAAGGAAAGUUCCAUCAUCACAAAGAGAAUUACAAAUGCUGUAAUGGAAGGUAUGAAAUGGUGAUGGAAGGUGAGAUUUGUUGCCCAGACAACAAUGAAGACCGUGUAGCUAUUGGUAAAGGUGACAGUUGCUGCGGUACUAUACCCUACACCAUUAGUGGUUCACAAAUCUGUUGUGCAGGAAAGCUUUAUGAGAGACAUGAGAAGCAAUGUUGUGGAGGAGAAGUUGUUGCUGAUACUAUGAUGUGUUGUGGAGGUGAUGUUAGUGGUCAUGCUUAUGCUGAGAGGGCAGGAAUGUCAUGCUGUGGUUCACAGUACAUUACUCAUAACACCACACUGUGUUGUACCAGUGACACUGGCCAUAUAAAGGUUCAUGAAUACGGGAGUGCUGAGGAGAAAAAAGCAGCCAAUGAGAAGUGUUGUGGCAUGGAGACAAUAUCCAAUGGGCUAAGCUGUUGUAACUUUGUUGGGUAUAAUCCAGUAUCCCAGUUCUGUGCAGAUAUUUCACAUCAGCAGUCAGGAUGUGGAUCAGGAAGAGUCUGUCCUAGACUGUUGAAAGAUUCAGCAUUCUGUGACCAGUGUGACUUUGACCAGUAUACGUACAUGUGUGGUUCAGUACGGGGAUAUAUUAGUGAGACCCCAACACCUGCCCCACCAAGCCCUUCAGAUGAUUGUGUGGUCAGUGAAGAAAAGAUCUACACUGGACUAUAUACAAAUUACUUAGAUGAUGGGUUGGAGCCCUUCUCCCUGUAUGAGUAUUCUGUAGUGGUAGUGAAUAGUGCCGGGUCCACUCAGAGUGACUAUACAUUGAUAAAGACGCUACAGGCAGAGCCAGAGGGCCUAAUGGCCCCAAAUGCCACCCUUGAUCCCAAACAGCUAUACAUGAUAUUCCUAACUUGGAGUCCACCAAUAAAACCAAAUGGUGAGAUACUGAGAUUUAUCCUGGUACGAGAUGGGAUAGAGCUGUACCGAGGAUUGGACCUGGCUUACACAGAUGAUACAACCAUUUUACCAUAUAGAUCCUAUACUUAUAUACUGACAGCUUGUACCGUAGCUGGAUGUGUUACCAGUUCUUCUAUUACUGUAGCAACAGCCCAAGCAGCACCAGAAGGGGUUCAUGCCCCUAAAUUCGAGGUUGUUAACUCCACGGCAUUGUUAUUUACCUGGUCAAGUCCUGAUGUUCCUAAUGGAAUUAUAGUAGAGUACAGGAUACAUUUUAUAGGAGGGGAGCAUCACCAUGUUUAUAAUACUAAAGCACUUUCAUUAGUCAUAGCAGAAUUACUUCCCUUUACGGAAUACAAUGGUACAUUAUCAGCAUGUACAGAAGUUGCCUGUACUAACAGCACCAUUGUCACCAUCCUCAUGCCAGAAGCUGCACCAGAAGGAGUGUAUCCCCCACAGGUGAUAGUAAGAAGCUCAACCUCUGUGGAUGUUUACUGGUCCCCACCCUCUAAACCAAAUGGAAUUAUCGUGUUUUAUGCCCUGUUAAGGUCAGAUGUAAACAAUCAAAUUCGUGUUUUUCUCGGUGAGAACUUUCAUGUUACUGACGUCAGUCUGUUUCCUGGUAAAACAUACAUGUAUUUUGUAACGACCGGAACUAAAGCCGGAAACACUAGUAGUUUAGUAAGUGCUAUAACCAUGCCGGACAAUACUCCAGCCAACAUUCCACAGCCUGAAAAUGUUACAGUAGUGUCUGCAAGGGAAAUAUAUGUGCAAUGGGCUGCUAUUCCCCCAGCUGAUGGAGUCAUUGAUCAGUAUCGAGUCCUGUUGAAUGCAGGACGUCAACCAGCAGUGGACAGAGGUUUUUUUUUUUUGGACACUGGAAGUUCUAAACUUACAGCUUUUUACAAAAAUAUAAAGGCAAAAAGGGAGUGUGGAAACUCGGGGGAAGGGGGCGCAUUUUUCCAUCAAACCAAAAAAGGGGUACAUCCAGGAAAACCAAAUGGUAUCAUCCAUAUGUAUAUCAUAACUUAUGAGAUGAUUAUCAAUGAUCCAACUGUACCUGACAAAACUGAAACAAUUGAAGUAGAUGGUGCAGUAACUAAGACAUCUAUUAGUGGUCUUCAACCUUACUCAGAAUAUAAGCUGAGAAUUACGGCUUUUAACUCAGCAGGAAACAUAGCCAGUAGUUGGACAACUUUUAGAACUGGUGAAUCAUCACCAUCAGGACUUGGAUUGUUUGAUAUUGAAAGACUUCAGUCUGGUUUGGCGGCGAUACUGCGCUGGGGACCACCUGUUAGUCCUAAUGGAAUUGUCACAACAUAUAGAAUUUAUGAAGAAGGAUCGUCUGUUGCUGUAUUUCAAGGUUUAAACCGAGAGUUUGAAUUGAGACGACUUGAACCGUACAUGGAAUAUUCAGUGCAGUUAGAGGCUUGCACCUCGGCAGGCUGCACAAGAAGUUUUAGCCAGUCUUUCUUUACGGCAGAGACAAUGCCUGAUGGUCAGGCUGCUCCAGUGAUGGGAGAAAUGACACAUAAUUCUGUCACUAUAAAUUGGUCUCCACCAUCUAAUGCAAAUGGUAAGAUAAACUUAUAUGAGGUGUUUAGACGUACCAACACUAGAAUCCAGAAAAGAUCAGUCGGUGAUGCUAUUGUUGUGUAUAGAACCACUUCUACAGAUGCUGAGUCAUUUUCUUAUACUGAUACAAAUCUUCAGCCAUAUACCGAGUACCAAUAUAGCAUCAAGGCCAGUAACUCUAAGGGUAGUAUAGUUAGUCCAUGGCAGUCUGCAUUUACAAGCCAGGCACCACCAGAGGGUGUGCAGCCACCUGUAGUUAGUCUGAUUCCUGAUCAAGUUGAUGCUUUACAGAUAACUUGGCAGACACCCGACAGGCCAAAUGGUAUUAUUCAAAGCUACCAACUGCAAAGGAAUAAUUCUGUUCCGCUUAGUUUCACUGCUAUUGAAGAAAAGAAAUAUGUAGACACAGAUUUGAUAGCAUUUACCUACUAUAAAUAUACAAUAACAGUCUGCUCCGGUGGUGGUUGCACUACAAGUGAACCAACUAUUGCCAGAACAAAAGAAUCUGCACCAUUAAAAGUUACCCCACCCACCUUGUUUGCUGUGAAUUCCACGUCCUUGAGAAUUACUUGGCAGAGGCCUCAGAUUACAACAGGGGAGAUAAGUGCUUACCAGCUACAUAUGAAUGACAGAGUUAUCUACGAGGGUAUGGAUUUACAAUAUGUUGCCACUAACCUCGUUCCAUUUACUGACUACACCUUUAAACUGACAGCUUGUACCACUGGAGGAUGUACUGAUAGUGGGGAAGUCACGGGCAAGCCAGAUGAUGACGUUCCACGAAAUUUGUCGCCACCAAUUCUUAGAGUCAUGAGUUCGUCAUCCAUAGAAAUCUCAUGGCAAGAACCAGAAUAUCCUAAUGGUGGGCCCUUUGACCCUCCAAAUUUUGGUGGAAAGGUUUCAGCAAACAAUCCAGAACAAACUCCGCCCUCAUUGCUGGCUUUAGCCAAUCAGGAUGGAGCCCAUGCUGGGGUACUUGUAGAAUGGGAUCCUCCCCUGAAACCAAACGGAAUUAUACAAAGAUAUGAAGUUUACUGUCGACAAGUUAUUGAAUUACCUACAGGUAUUUCGUAUGGAUUGACAAAACUUGUGUACAAUGGUAGCCAGCAGUCAUAUACAGACAGAAGCUCGGACCUGUUACCAUACACCAAAUAUGAGUAUAUGGUGACAGCUGUGAACACUGUGGGCAAGGUGAACAGUCUGUGGAAAUCUAUAAUGACAAAAGAGGCUGCACCUCUCACUGUGCCAGCACCAAUCAUCAUGUAUAGUACAGGCAAAGCCUUAGAACAGACAGUUGGUGAGACUGUACCUCUAUUACCAUUCCGAUAUUAUGCUGUCACAGUCCAGGCCUGUACCUCCGGUGGAUGUGGAACCAGUCCAAAAGUUGUUGUGCAGACUGGAUCUGCUAAACCUGUGGGCCAGGAACCAGUCAGAAUGCUCAGUGUUAAUAGUUCAGCAGUAAAACUAGCAUGGGACCAUCCUACUAACCCAAAUGGUGUGCUCAGAAAGUUUAUGUUGUAUCAACGUAGAGCUUGUCCACCAAUGGCUCAGCCGUUCAGACAGUCGUGUAACAAUGGUGACCCGCAGCUGGUAUAUGAAGGAAUGUUUAUAGAGAAAGUGAUAGCCAGUUUGACUCCAUACAGUGCAUAUGAGUUCCAGGUUAUACCAGUAAAUGAUGCCGGACCUCUAGAUUUUCCAGUCUGGGUUAGGAUAGAAACAAUAUCAGAACUUCCAAGAUAUCAGCGAUACCCAAUUUUAGAAAAAAAUGGUUCACAAGCUAUGGUAGAUUGGACUGGUUCCUUCAUAUUAAAUGGUCGUCUGCUAGAGUAUUUGAUUAUAAUGGAGGAUGGAAACACAGUCUACAGGGGAGUGGCCAGUAUACAUGGUCUUGAAAGACCAACCCCUCAAGAUAAUUUGAUAUUCAAGAUAAGAUGUGUAACUGAGAGUGGAAUGAUUGAGUCACCAAAAUUAGUGUUUGAUCCUAGAUCUGCAAACAAUGUUGGUACCACCCCACCAACAGAAGGGUCAACAGACAGUUCAGUGGGCGGUCCCAUGUUUUUUGAGGAGGUGUGGUUUAUAGCAUUAAUGGUUGUACUGGGCGUAUUACUACUCCUGAUACUGCUAGCAUGUUGUAUACGCAACUGUGGUAAAUCAAACCCCUACAUCAGAGAGAGGCUUCCGUUACAAGGUCAACAACAGAAACAACCACUUAGCUUUAUUACGGAUACUAAUGAUCGCAGCUUGUUUGCUAUGGAAGAAACACCUGGGAACAGGGACAAGUCGGGUUACUAUUCAGGUGCAGUUGUUAACGGUGUCACCAAUCCCUCGUAUAUCCAUCUCCAUGGCAACAAGAAGCAGAUGAGUCUAGAUAGAGGCUCGGACUCGAUGUUUGGAGAUGAUGUAACAGAAGAGGAUGAUGAAGAUUAUUAUUGGGAGAGAAAUCCUGACAGUGGGCUUGUCAGUAGUUAUGACAGUGACAGUAUAGAAGCUCCUAGUUACAGUAUUACCAAGGAACAGACAGUUUUUACAGAUACACAUUUAUAGUACAAACACACAGAAACAUUAUAGCAGAGAAACACAGA